GAUUGUUGUGUUCCAAAUCUUGCUCGCCUCAUACCGCGCAACCACGCCCUGUACCCCGCCGACCCGACGCCUGUUACCGUUUCCAGCGCAUUUCCCCGCUGCGCCGCCGUGCCCUUGCGCAGCACACGCCCGCUCCCCCGCCCCGCGUCCCGCGCUAUUCCUCCAUCGUCACGGGGUCCGCGCGCAGGGCGCUCGCCCGCCGUCCUCCGCGGCAACUGCUGUAGGAUCGCACGAGGCCCGCACUCACCGCAUCCGCCGCCCCGCUCCGCUCCGCGGCCUCAUAGGGAUCGCCUCCGCGCGCGCAGCUGAGUCCUCCGAAACGUGCUGCUAGGGCGCCGCCGCAGGUUCCGCGCUGCAGGUUCCGCCAGGGACGUGCGCGGAGAGCGGGCGUAGAGCUGGUAGCAGCUAGUGCGGUGCGCAUCGCGUUGCCGGCGGGGGCGGGCCACAGGAGGAGCGGUGCGCGCAGGGGGGAACGAGAGGCGGAGCGGUGAGUGCGCGGAGCAGCAUGCAGUACUAUGUGGCCGUGGACCAACCGCGCUUCAAACUGGCAACGCUAGUGGACCUUCUGGACGUCAUCAGCCGCAGCAUACCCGCCCCCCCCACCCCUCCUCCUCCUCCUCCUCCUCCUCCUCCUUCCACCCCCUCCCCUUCCAUCUCCUCCCCCUCCCCCUCGCCGCCCCUCACAGCAGCGCCCAGCGUGCCUGCUGUGGCAGUGCCGACGGUGAUCUGCUGUGCCACGCGUGACUCGCUGGACCUGGUGCUCGCCGCGCUCUCGCCCUUCCACCACCGCCUGCUCCUCUCCUCCCUCCACAGCGACCAGUCGGACACGCAGCGCCAAGGCGUGCUCGCAGCGUUCCAUGCAGCUGUUGCUCUCUCCAGAGGCCACCCCACUCCGCCCUCCCUGCGCGCCUGCCUGCCCGCCGCCCUCACUCCAGCAACCCACGCACCCCACGCACCUCAGCUGCACAGCCGACUGGGCGAGGGGGAAGGGCAGAGGGCAGUGGGAGCAGUGCGAGGGGAGGCGAGUGGGGAGGCCCGGGAGGGAGGAAGGGAGCUGGGAGGGGUGGUGCCGGUGCUGGUGGUGACAGAUGCGUGUGUGCCAUGUGGGCAUGGGGGGGGGGAGCCGUCCCUGGGGGCAAGGCUGCUCAUCAACUAUGACUUCCCCAAGCGCAAGGACGUGUACCUGCGGCGAGUGGCCACAUGCCUGAGCCAAGCAGCAGCAGCCGCCAUGCAACGCCCUGCCACGUCCCUCUCCACCUCUGAACCCCCUGUCAGCACUGCGGGCACUGCAAGCAGCAGCAGCAGCAGCGCAGCAGGCAUGUCGCUGCUGUUUGUGACGGGCGGGGAGGUGCCUCUGGUGCGGUCGCUAGAGGACGCCCUCAGCACGUCGCUGCUAGAGAUGCCCAUUGAUGUGUGCGAAGCCCUGAAGCAGUGAUGCAUUUUGUUCUCUUCCGAGCAUUGUUUCAACUUGUCAACAAACCUAUAACUCUAUCUACACAUAUUUGUCAGAACUCAGCCACUAACCACUUGGUUUAAAGGGCUUGUUAAUAGCGGGUCAGUGCGCCCAUAGCCCCCUAGGCUCUGCACCUGUGGCCCUUCCCCGAGGAUCUUCUCAAGGGUAACCUCAGCGGGUCACUCGACAAUAUUUAGUUGGUUUAGAUGUGUUUGUUAUAGCCUAUCUAGGUCAUUUCUUAAAGAGGACUGUUGGGCUGAGAAAAGCCCUUAGGAUCUUUCAAGAGACUAAGCCCAGUUGUAAAAGGAGACUUGAGUAGUGCAGCGGAAGUUGAGUAGUUGAACCCUUGUACUAGUACCGUAUUCCCCCGUAUAU